AUGGCGGCUCUCACCGCUACACUCUUCGCCGGCAUCGCAAAGGACCGCGUCACCAAAAAGCAACCUCCCACGCCCGGCGACCAACUCGACGCAAAUCGCUGUUCGGCUCUUCACAACACGCUCCUGCUGUAUGGCUGGGUCUGCUCGGGCAAGAAGAUCUCGGCCUUACAGAAGCGAUCAUGGUGGGGCCGGAACGGGAACGACAACCUGAAGACCAUCCUCCGCCCGAUGGUCGUGCGAUACCUGUCCAAGGUCUUCGAUGUCCCCGGUCACAACUUCUUCUACCAUGUCUCGGCGCUGCCGACCGAGAAGGAGAUGCUCCAGCUGGGCGACCUGCUCGAAGACCAGGACCAUGAUGCGCGCGACGCGGAGAAAUACCGCUUCAUCAUCCUCUACAAGAGCUCUCCCGCCUUGGUCUCCCAGCCGGCGGGGAUUGUGUUCGAUCAGCAGACGGGUAGGGCAUUGCUGAUGCCCACCUACAAUCACCUGUUCGACCUGAGGAAUAGUGAUCUUCCCUGGCAGAAUCUGGAAACCAUCCUCAGCGCCUACAUCGACAUGGUGGAAGCCGAGAAAGCGGUGGCAAUCCCCGACGCGGCGGGCACGGGAGAUCCAAACGGCGCCGCCAUACAGCCAAAGACCGAGCUGGAAAGCAACAAAGACUUCGUGAGGUACAAGACGCGUCCAUGGAUAUUGCAGCCUUACACUCUCGGCGAUCUGGAAGCUUGCCUGGAUGUCUGGACGCGCCUAGUCGACGCGCUGGAAACGAGAGCGGGUAUCAAGAAGAGUCGGCCGGAUGCCACAGUACACCAUGACUACGAACCAGAAGAAGAAGAUGACGAAUUGGCGCCUCUGUGUUCCCGAACUGCCCUGAACAUCGCGGGUAUCUCCAAAGGCUUCGCAUACGAACUACUCUCGCACGCCCAGCAAUCCCAAAUCUGGUUCAUCGCACCGGGCAUCCGCCUGCCCAAAGUCGAAGAGUUCCUGCAACAACCCUUCAAACACAUCCCACACGCAUACCCGCAAGAGACAGCCGGCAUGAAAAUGCCCUUCCUCUUCCUGCGAUGCCCGGGCACCGUCUCCGCCAAAGAGGCCAAAUUCCGCUACCCCUUCUCGACCGUCGAAAACGUCCCCUGCGGCCUCUAUCUCGACGCCUUCGCCAACGCCCAGAACCCCUUCGAGGACGCCUGUCGUCUCGUCCUCCCCAUCAAGCUCGGCAGCAACAAAUACGCGCGAACGUCGGAUUUCCGGCCCAUCCGGAAGAGUCACAGCGAUCUGUACCAGAUCGAAAUCAACCCGUUCGUCAUGAAGCAUGGGCCCAAACUCCUCGCGGUCCUGGAGAAUUGGCUGCAGUUGAUCGAGAGCGGACACUGGAGUGUCAACGAGAAAGGCGUCGAGGGCGGUAUUGGUGUUUGGAGGCAGGCGGAUACGAGGGAGAAUUGGUGGCUAUAUCAGGGCGCGCAUUUGUUUGUAUAG